UGUGUGUGUGUUAGUGGGGGGGUUUGAGGUGGCGGUAGUCACAGCCUGUCUCAUGUAUCAGUGUACAGCAGAGCCUUGAUGCAGCUGCUCUCUGCAGGUUUGAUGCCCCGCUCAGAGCCCGGUUGCUUGCGCUGAAAAAAUGACCCUGCCUCUCCGCCGUGCAGGAAUGGCCACCACAGGGAACCUUUCUGAAGAGCAGGUGCACUGCUCCAUCUGUCUCGACGUCUUCACCAACCCCGUGUCCAUCCCCUGCGGACACAACUUCUGCCAGAACUGCAUCCUGGGAUACUGGAAAACCAGCCCUUUGUACCAAUGUCCUAUGUGUAAGAAGUCUUUCUACAAAAAGCCUGACAUUAGCAUCAACACGGUCCUGAGGGAAAUCGCACAGCAGUUCAAGGAGAUCAGGGUUAGAGGUGCAGAAGAAAAGGUGGAAGACGAAAAAGAGAAGAAGUGGACGAUGGAGAGAAGGAAAAAGGAGGAUGAGGAGAGGCUGUUGGAGAAAGAUCAGAAGGAGCAGCUUCUGGUGGAGCUGAAGGAGCAGCAAGAAGAGGUGAGGAGGAAGAGAGAGAAAAAGGCGCUACCAGAGGAGUUACCACCGCUGAUCCCCCCGGUGGCAGCACCCCAAACCUCUCCUCCACCGUCACCCCAAGCCACCGCUCAGGGGCCGCCACCGCCGCCCCAAACAUCACCCCCACCUUCACCUCAAAUCCCUUCUUCAUCUCUUCAAACCUCACCUCCACUCAUACCUACUUCCUGGGAGGAGGUCCUCUGCGAUGUUUGCCUCGGGGACGGGAGGCCAAAAGCGGUCAAAUCCUGCCUCGUGUGUCUCACCUCCUACUGCGAAGAGCACCUGAGAUCUCAUUCCGCCAGGUUCACCAAGCACAAGCUGAUAGAGCCGGUCGCCAACAUGGAGGACAGGAUGUGUCCGAAGCACGAACGGCUCCUGGAGCUGUUCUGUAAGAAGGAUCAGACGUGUGUGUGCGUGCUGUGCACGGAGACGGACCACAGGUCGCACUACACCGUCCCCGUGGAGAGAGAAUGGAUGGAGAAAAAGGCGCAGCUGAAGAGGACAGAAAUAGACGUCCAGCAGAUGAUCCAGGACAGAGUCAAAAAGGUGCAGGACAUCAAACACUCUGUGGAACAAAACAAAGGCAGCGCUCAGAGAGAGGUGGAGGAAAGCAUGCAGGUUGCCUCCGAGCUGGUGCGCUCCAUCCAGAAGACUCAGGCCGAGCUGGUUUUGGCCAUCGAGGAGAAGCAGAGGCAGACGGAGAGUUGGGCUGAAGGCCUCAUCGCUGAACUGGAAAUAGAAAUCGCUGAGCUGAAGAGGAGGAACACGGACUUGGAAAACGUGGCUCGGACCGACCACAUUCACUUCUUAAAGAGCUUCCCAGCCCUGAUCACCCCUCCUUCUGUCAAAGACUGGUCUGAGACCAGUGUUCCCACUGACAUAUGUGUAGGUAUGAUCAGGAGAUCCGUGUCCAAACUGGAGGCGACGUUAAACGAAAUGAUCGGCAAAUUGGCUGAAAGUGAGAUCAAGAAGAUUCUGAAAUAUACAGUGGACGUCACUCUGGACCCGGACUCAGCCAACCCGUGGUUGCAGCUCUCUCAGGACAGACGUCAGGUGAGACACCUGGGUGCGUGGCAGGACCUCCCGGACAACCCUGAUCGCUUCGACACGGUGGUCAUCGUCCUGGGCCGCGAGGGCUUCACCUCGGGGAGACAUUACUGGGAGGUCCAGGUGGGGGACAAGGACGACUGGUACAUGGGCGUGGCAAGGUCUUCUGUCAACAGAAAGGGCAGGAUCUCUAUAAGCCAAACCCAGGGCUACUGGGCUCUGGCCAUGAAGAAAGGCCACGGGUACCGGGUGUCAACAUCCCCGCCAACGCCACUCCCCCUCGACUCCAAGCCCAAGCGAGUGGGUGUGUACGUGGACUACGAGGAGGGGCAACUGUCCUUUUAUGAUGUGAGGGCCUGGACCCAUAUUUACACAUUCAAAGAUACGUUCAAAGAGAAGAUCAUGCCCUUUUUCUACCUGUACUGCUGCGACAAAGCCUCCGAUACCAUCGCGAUCUGUCCCGUGAAUGAGAAAAGUCUGAUCAAGCAAAGUUAAGGACAAAUUUGACAGUAAAAACAGCACUCAGUGAGAACUGACUUAUUUUGUUGUAGCCUGAACUUGUUUUGAUGAAAUCUUGUAUUUUAUGUUUUAUGUAUGUUCAUUAUGUAUAGUGUAGCUCAACAAAUAUAGUUCCACAAAGCCUUAAAGGGAUAGUUCGGCAUUUCAGCAAAUAUGCAUAUUCACUUUCUUGCCGAUGUCUGUACACUGAAUAUAAAGGUAGAACUAGCAGACGGUUAGCUUAGCUUAGCAUAAAUGGGAAGGGUGUUAUGUUCAAGAAUAUUUCUUUGUGUUUUGUAUGGAUUAAAGGGACAGUGUGUAGGAUUUGACAGCAUCUAGUGGUGUGGUUGCAGAUUGCAACCAACUGAGAACCCCUCCGCUCACGCCUCCCUUUACAAGGCUGCGGUAACGUGAGCCGCCGGGCGCAAAACCGUGGUAACGCCGUUCGCCUCUCUCAGAGGC